AUGCUGCCAAUUUCAAUAACUGUACUGUAUGUAAUAAUUAUCGCAUCUGCUUCCACACAGCCGGAUCAAGAACUAUCGCGUGGACGCAGAUCUGUCGCCGGCCUCUACCUCUGCGGGACAUAUCCGUUCCAAUUCACUUCUCAUUUUCCCUGUGGUCCGUGCAUUAACUGCGGCGCCUGCACACUUUCAUGUACCACUUCAUAUUACUGCCGAUCAUUUGAUGUAAGCCUUGCAUGCGUCAGCGGAUGCUGCACGACUACAAAAGUUGUCAAGACCUCGAGCGUUGUCUACUAUGCACCGCCUCCGCCACCAGUAAUUAAGACAGUAUCUGUGGUGCAGAGAACAUGUAUCGGGCCUUGCGUUAACUUGCAAUGCCCACGCGGUUUCGUGUGUGGUCCUGCUAACGUUUGCUGCUCGUACCCGAUUGGAAAGUAG